AUGUUUCAGGCAGAACUCAUAGCCUUACACGCAGAAAUCAGCCACAGUCGUAGGAAUGGUCUUAAUCAAGUUCAUAUUUAUACGGACUCCACCUCAAGCCUUCAAGCACUUUCAAGCAUGCACAGCAGGAGCCGUCUGAGUAACAAAAUACAGAAAACUCUCCUUAGUAUCCUUAUACCUUUUCGCCCUGUAAUCUGUUGGGUACUAGCGCACGUAGGAAUACUAGGUAAUGAAAGCGCAGACGUUGUGGCUAAAGAAGCUGCCAAUAGUUCAUCCUUACUUGAUUGCCCAACAACAUCUCCAACAUCGCUUCUAAAACAUUCCACAUGCAAACUUUUUAUAAGGCAAUGGCAAACCCACUGGAAUGAUGAUACAACGGGUCAACUUACACAUGCAAUGCUCCCAAGAGUAAGCAUGGAUCUGCAGAGCAAAACUGGCAGCAUGUCACAUUGCCUAACAGGACAUGGACCGCACAAAGCCUAUCUGCAUAGGUUUGGUCUAUCCAACACAGACAUCUGCGACUGUACGAAAGUGGGCAGUACAGACCACUAUUACUUUGAAUGCCGCUUGAUGGUGAUGUUCCAUCUAAAAGAGCCAGCACCCAUGUUUCGCGCAACGUAG